AUGCAUACUCUUAGAACAAGCCUACUAUUAUGUAUGUUAAUUUAUAUUAAUUAUGCAGGGUAUGUUAGUAUCUAAUCUUAGAUCUGAAGCACUUAGCUUAUUGAAUCAAAUGCAACCAAAAUUCAAGGAGGAAUCUGAUCUAAGAACAGAAGACUUAAUAUAUAAGAAAGCCACUGAAUAAUUAAAAUAAUAAAAGCCUUAUUUUGAGAAUAAUGAAGAAGAUAUUAAGAGUGAAGUUUCAUUUAGAGAAUUUUAUAAAAAUGUAAGAUCAGGUAAAGUUGAAGAUGAAGAAAUAAAUAUAGUAGAACCAGAACAUAAAGAAAUUGAGAUUUAAUCAUAUUUAUAAGAAUUAAGUGAUGGAUUAGAACCAUAAAAUGAAAAUAUUAAAGAAACUGAACUUUAGACUGAUCCUGAAAAAUUAGGAAAAUUUAAAAAGUAUUUUAUAAAAGAUGAUGAAACUAAACAAUAGAUUAAAAUAGAAACUAAUAUAGAAACUAAUUAAUAAAUUGAAAAGAAAAUGACAUUAAGAGAAAAAUUAGAAAUGAAAAAGAAAUAAGUAUAAUAACAAUCAAUUGUAGCUGCAAUCUAAAUUAAAUAAGAAACAAAUAAUCAAGAAUAAAUUAAUGAUUAGAAUAUUGGUAAAACUACAUUAAUCAAAAAAAUUGAAGAAUUCAAAAAAUUGAAAUAAUCAAAUGAAAUAUAAGAAACUUAAUAAGAAAAAGAAGAAAAUCAAUAAGAAUCAAACAUAAAAACAGUACCUGAGAAUCCUUUAAGAAAACUCUUAAAUAAAAAAGCAGAAGAAAGAAAAGAAUAAUAACUUAAAUAAUAAGUUGAAUAAGAUAAAUUAUAAAUAUAGACACAAGAAGUUGAAAUAGAAUUACAAUAAGUAGAUGUUGAAGAUAUACACUAAAAUCAAAAUAUAAAUUAAUAGUAAAAUAUAGACAAUGAAUUAAAUUAAAAUUAAUCUUCUUAAUUUAAUGAUAAUUCUAUUAAUUUAUAAGAAUAAGAUAAUGAGGAUAAUAGAAAUUCAGAUGAAAAUACUAAUGAUGAAAGUGUUUAAUAAUAAUAAAAUGAAUCUGAAAUAGAUUCAAAUAUUUAUCCUUAAAUUUAGUAAGAUAAAUCAUUGAUUGAUAAUGAAUCUUAAAGUCUUUAAUAAGAUUCAGAAGAUAAUACUAUUUAAGAUUAGGAUCUAAAUUAAUAAUAAAUACUUAAAGAAGAGUAAAUUAAUUCUACUGAGGAUUAAUCAUAGUCUAGUAUUACCAAUCAAAAUUAUGAAUAAGAGAUAGAUAAUAUUAAUAAUGAUUAAAUGAAUUAAGAAAUUCAAUAAGAAUUUUAAGUAUCGGACCCAUAACAACUUGAAGUAGAAUAAGUUUUGAAUGAAUAAUAGUAAUAAGGUAAUAAGGUUUAAGAUUUAUAAUAAUAAGUAGAUAAUUAAACUUAAGAUGAAUAAUAAUAAUAAGAUAAUAAAGUUUAAGAUGAAUAAUAAUUAUAAGAUAAUUAAGGUUAAGAUGAAUAAUAAUAAAUUGAUUAAUAAACAUAAGAUUAAUAGUUAGAAUUAGAUAUUUAAGCUCAAAAUUUUGAUAAUUAAACAUAAGAUAAAUAAUAAGAUUUUGAUAAUUAAACCUAUGAUUAAUAAUAAGAUUUUGAUAAUUCAGUGUAAAAUGAAUAAAAAGAAGUUGAUAAUUAAACAUAAGAUGAAUAAUAAGUAUUUGAAGAUUAAACUCAAGAUUAAUAAUAAAAAUUUGAUGAUAAAACUCAAGAUUAAGAAUUUGAUGAUUAAAUUCAAAAUAAAUAAUUUUAAGUAGAUAAUCAAAUAUAAGACUAAAUAGAAUAAUAAAAAGAAGAAUAAGAAUAAUAAUAAUAAUAAUAAUAAUAAUAAUAAUAAUAAUAAUAAUAAUAAUAAUAAUAAUAAUAAUAAUAAUAAGAAUAAGUAGAUGAUUAAGCAGAUAAUGAAUAAUAAGAAUUAAAUAAUUAAACUUAAAAUGAAUAAAUAGAUGAAUAAAAUGGUGAUAAUUAAAAUGAAUAAAUAAUUAUUGACCAAUAAAAAUAAGAAAAUGAAUAAGAAGUAACAAUCAAUUAAUUAGAGAAUAAUGAAAUUGAAAAUGAGUAGAAAGUGGAAAAUAAAUUAUCAGAAGGUUUUGUGAUGGAAAAUAAUGUAGAAAAUUCAGAUUAUCUUGAAGAUGUGUAAGAAGCUGAAAAAUUAAAAAAGAAGAGAUAAGUUGAAGAUAUGAUUGAAGAAGAAGAAAAAAUAAAAUAAGAAUUAGAAUAAAAAGAAUUAGAAGAUGAGAAAAAACUUAAUGAAUUAUAAGAAGAAGAGAAACUGUUGAUUAAUCAAAAAGAAUAAGAAUAAUAAGAAAUUGAAGAAGUUUAAAAAUAAAUUGAUUAAGAUUAAAAUUAAUUAUAAGAUUUUGAAUAAGGAUAGAAUGAAUAAUAAGAAUUUUAAGAUGAAAAAUUAAAAUAAGAAGAUACUUUAGAAGUAUAACCUAUGUAAGAAGCAUUACAAGAAGAUUUAAAUGUUUAAACAGAUGAUAUACCCUUAUAAAAUCAAAUUGAUUAAUAAUAAAAUGAAAGCUAAGUAGAAUAGACUGUUAAAAAAGAAGAAAAAAUUGAACCAUUAGAAAUUAAACCAGCUGAUGGUAGUAUUUAAUUACAAGAUGAAACACUAGAAAAUGGGUUUAAUAUUGAUGAAUAUCAAAGAUUACAACAUAAAAAUGAAGAAAAAUCUGAAUAGAAAGCUUCUAAUUAUUCAUAAAGUAGUGAAUUAUAUCAUAAAAAUGAUUACAUAACUUAAAUUAUAAAUGAUUAAUAAGAAUAAGUGAUUCAAUAAUCAGUACCAAUAUUAUCAAUUGAUGAAUAAAGUGAUUUAAACCAUCAAGAUAUUUAAUAAUAACCAUAGAUCUAAAUAACUUAAGAAAUUUCAUCAGAUAAUUUAUUAAAUACUACAGAUGAAGAGUUAAAUACAUUAAACAACUAAGUAAAAGAUUAGGAAGCAUUUAAUGAUUAGAAUAAUAUCUAAAAAGAUAAUGAAAUAAUAGAAGAAAAGAAUUCUAAGCCAGAUUAAUUAGAAUAUACUGAAUAAAAAGAUUAAUCUAUGUAUUUAGAUAAUCAAAUAGAAAAUUCAAAUGAAAUUGAUAAUCAUUUAGAUAAUGAAUUAGAUUAAUAAUUAAAUCAAUAAAAGAUUUAAAAUUAGGAAGAUGAUACUCCUUUAUUAAUUCCUGUAGAUUAAGUAGAAAAUUAAAAUACAACUUAUUAAAUUGAUCUAAAAGUUGAUAAUGAAGUUGUUUAAUCUGAUAUUUCUAAUUAAUUAGAUAUAAAUAAUGAUGAUUAAUAAUAAAUAGAUUAAAUGAAUAAUGAAUUGCAAUUAAAAUCUGAAGAAAUAGUUUAAAAACAUAAUCAAGAUAAAUCAAAUAUUCUUACAGGCAAUAAACUUCAUUCAAUUUCAUAAUUAUAAUAAGACAUGAAAACUGAUGAUACAAUUAAAAUAUAAUCAAAGAAUUUAUUAGAUAAAAAAUAAGAAUAAUCAAUUUAACAGAAUAAAUUAAUCCAUUAAAAGAGAAAAUAAAAUAGUUUUUUGGAAGUAGAAGAAAAUGAGAUAGAUUUAGAUGAAAAAUAGUUUAAAAUAUUUAUGUCUUAAAAGAAAUAACAAUAAUAAUAGGAUUAAGAGAAAAAAAGAAGAAAAUUAAAAGCUAAGUAAGAAAAAUAAAGAAAGUUAGAAGAAGAAUAAUUUUAGUAGAAAUUAAUAUAAUAAAAAUAAUAAUAAGAAAUUUUAAAAUAAUAAUAAUAAUUGAUUGAAUUACAAAAUUAAUAAUUAUUAAAUAAAUAAAAAUAUAAGAUGGCUACUAAAUAAUAAAAUAAUUAAGUUAUUUUAGAUAGUAAACCUAUAAAAGGAGAUAAUUUUAUUCAUUUACAAAAAUAAUAAUCAUAAAUCUAAAUAUUAAAUUAAUAAAUUGAUACGGAAUUUUCAUUUUAAUAGAUUCUAUCAAAAGUUGAAAAGGAAGAGAGAUAAGGAUAAAAAUAAUUAAGAAGUAAUAAUAAACAUGUCAAAAAUACUGAUUUAAAUUUCUUUUAAUUAACAGAAAGUAAAUAUUUUAAUAAUAAUAAUUAGAAUAAUAAUAAAAUAAGAUUUCAUUAUAAUCUUAAGAUUUAUUUGAAGCUAUUAAAUAAGAGAUUAAAGAAUGUGAUUUAAAUAAUUACACUAUUAAUUUGUGUUAAUUAUGUUAAAGUGAUGUUGUAUAUGAAAUAAAUGAUGAUAAUUGGUAUCUAAUAGGAAUAGCAUAUGGAUUAAAGUAUAAAAAUUAAUUAAUUAUUAAAGGAGGCAUUUUUAAAAUCUUUUGAACACUGUACAAUAUCAUUUCAAAAACUCUAAGAUAUAUACAUCAUUUAAUAAAGAAUAAUAAGUUUGUCUCACAUUUGGAGAUUAAUUUGAAAUUGAAAAUUUAGAAGAAAUUCUUAGCUAUUAUAAUAAUCAAACAUUCCCUAAGAAUUCUUAAUUUUUAAGGAUUCCUUAAAAAGUAAUUUAAAUUAUUAAUAUUUUAACUAGAUUAGAGCUAAUUUUGCUUAAAUGAAAGUUGAUUUGAACUAACAUAAAUUUAUGAAUUUUAGUUUGAAUGCAGCAAUCAAAAAUUAAGAAAACUAUAAUGGAUUUACUGUAGUAGAAUAAUAUAUUAAGAUUUCAAAUGAUUUUGAUUACUCUUAAUAUGGUAGUAUCUUAUAUCCUGGAUAAUCUAUUCCAUAUAAAUUGAAUGUAUAAUCUAAUGGAAUAGAAAAUAUGUAAUUGGAUUUGAAUCCAUAAAUAUAUGAAAAAGUCUUAGAAAACUUUUUGGCAAAGAAUUAUUUGCAAUAGAUUUAAGUUACAUAUAGAGACAACUUAAACAGUAAUUUUUUAGUGGUAGAUAAUGAAGAAAUCAUAGAAAUUGAGAUUACAAUAUAAAAAUGAA